UACACCUCUGAGGAAAACAUCGAGGAAAACAACAAAUAUCAUUUUCGAUGUUUUGUGACUAUUUAGAGUAUUGUAAUCGCUAGACGAGAGCUUAAUGUUCUUAUUUUUAUGAAAACCUCCGACUUAUCUAGACAGCGCGGGUCACUUGCUGCAUCUCAAUUCAUCCAGCUGUGGGCUAGACCAAGGUUCAAACAGAAAUUGCGUGUUGCAUUAAUCGUGCGUUAAUAAAAUUUGUGGCGUUAAAAUGAAUUUGCUUUAACGCAUUUUGACAGCCCUAGUUAAGAAUAAGGCCUAGUCCACACGGACACGGGUAUUUUUUAUAACCGUGAGUUUUUUCACGCGGUUCGGCCUUUCGUCCACACGAAACCGCAGUAUCAGGGCACUGAAACCGAGCAUGUAGCAGACACAUUUAAAUGUUUUCCUUGUUUUGUAUUUAAUGUAAUUUGUUUGAAUGAUAAUUUGACAUUUUUUGAGUUUUUAGAGCUAUAUUAUAAUGUUCCGGUUUGGUGGGACUUUUAUUUUGAAAAGCGGCAGCAUUCAUGGCAGUCACGGUUGUGAAAGUCAUAUCGGCAUUACGGUUCAUCAGCUCCUUAAGUUUAUAUUUUGUUAGCACCCCCCUAAAGGGCAUAAGCUCUUACGGUGGAUCUGUUGGAGUUAUCAAGGCAUAAUAAAAACUACAUAAAGACCAUCAGUAAAGUUUGGCCAUUAUUAGGAUGGGGUCCGCUACAGUAAGAGCUUCACCCUCGCUGUUUCUGACGCCGCUGCACGUGCUUCUCAAAAGACGACGGUAAACGGAACGCAGCCACGCGGAACCGGCGUAAUGGUUAACGGAGUUUAAAUAGCAUCAAAGUAAGCUCAUUAUGGAAACGGACACGGAAAAACAACGGUUUAAAGGCACAUCUCAAACAGAAACGGAAGGUAAAGGAGAGAUGGAUGCAGAAGGAGCUGUUAAAGGUAAAGAUAAAAAUGAAUCUGAGCAACAAAGUGAAGUGCAAGAUAGUGCAGAGCUCCCUCGACGUUCAGAACGUCAUCAUGUUCCCACAGAAAAAAUACUUUCAUAUAGAAAGGAGGAAUGCAGUAAGAAAGAGAAAAGAUUAAUCAAUAUGUAUGAAGAAUGGAAAUUACAAGCACGCAAAGCAAGACAUGACUUAAAAUCAGACAUUUCAGAAAAACAGUUAGCAGAAAUUGCAGACUCUCUGGAGGAUAAAAUGAACUGCAUCAUGAAAAUCUUUAGUGAAAUAAGGGAGCAUAUUACACCUGCUGCUGAUUUAAGACGUAAAAUUGAUGCAUGUGAGGCUGUUACCAAAGAUAUCAUGAAAGUUAUUUUGGAAAGAUUGGCAACAGUUGAUGGUGAGUUUGAUGAAGACAGAGAAAGAGGCCGUCUUCGCGAACUUUUAGCACAUAGUUACGCUCGUUCUGUAUAUGGCUCAACUGCUUCAAAAGGUAUCAGCAGCCAUUCUGGAUCAUCUUGUACAACAGACAAACGAGCAGAUGCUGUAGCAGAGCUGGUUGCUAAGGAGACUGAAUAUAAAAUAAUGCAACUUGAAAGGCAACAAAAGGAAAAAAUAAGAUGUCUAGAAGAGCAACUAAGGAUAGAAGAGGAAACUCAUAGGUUUGAAAUAGAAAGAUUACGGAUGGAAAAGGAUUUAAAGGUUGCUCGUGCCAAAGUAAAUUCAUAUGAUGAUGAAGUAAAACAAGAGAUAAAUAGUCAGUCAAUCCUGAAUGAACAUGAAAGUCAGAGAAACUUACUCUCUUCAGUGACACAUCAACAAGAGAAUGUUGUUCAAUCAGCACAUCUUAGUGAAGUGACUCAACUUGCACAAGCAGUUCAGGACAGCAUAGCAAUAAAUAGACUUCCCAUACCUGAGCCUACAGUGUUUAAUGGAGACCCAAUUCAGUUUGUGGAAUGGAAAUCCUCAUUUAUGUCACUCAUAGACAAAAAAAGUAUCUCCACAGCUGAUAAACUCUAUUAUUUGAAAAAAUAUGUGAGUGGACCAGCACACAAAUAUCUAGAGGGCACUUUUUAUCGAAGUGAUGAGGCGGCUUACAAAGAAGCGUGGAACAAACUAAACCAGAGAUUCGGCCAGCCUUUCAUAAUUCAAAGAGCUUUUAGGGAGAAGCUUUCAACAUGGCCUAAAAUACGAUCUAAAGAUGCAGAAGGAUUAAGGACCUUUUCAGAUUUCCUAAAUGCCUGUCUUCAUGCUGUACCUCAUGUCAAAGGCCUGGAAAUAUUAAACGACUGCGAGGAAAACCAAAAGCUGGUACAAAAACUUCCUGACUGGAUAGCAUCCAGGUGGAACCGUCAGGUUACAGUUUCCCUCAUGGAAGGUAAAGAUUUUCCAAGCUUUAAAGAUUUUGCUGAGUUUAUGUCUACUGAGGCAGAAAUUGUAUGUAAUCCCAUCACUUCUCUACAUGCUCUUCAUUCACGUGAACUGCCUUCUGAAAAGUUAAAGGACAGUCAAGAGCUGCAUGCAUGUUGUGUCAGGAUGACAAUCAUCAGCUUUGCAAAUGUCCAAAAUUCAUGGAGAUGUCUCUGA